AUGAAAAAAGUAUGCGCGUAUGUUCAACAAAAUGAUCUAUUUAUCGGAAGUUUGACAGUUGAAGAGCAUUUGAGAUUUAUGGCAAAUUUGAAAAUGGGAAGAACUCAUACGAAAAAAGAGCAAAGAUUGAGAGUUGAGCAGGUUAUUAAUGAUGUAAGUUGGAAAUUUUUGGGCUUAGCGUAAUAAAACGUGGAUUUUUUGUAGCUCGGCUUGAAAAACAGUGCAAAUUCAAUAAUUGGAACUCGAACACGAAGAGGACUUUCUGGCGGAGAGAAAAAGAGAUUGGCCUUUGCAAGUGAGGUGAGCAUUUUCAUUUCCAGCCAAAAAUCUGGAAAUAUGUGAAUUUUUGAAUCUCUAAAAUUUCACUGUUUCAGAAAAUUAGUCAAUUAUAAGUUUUUGAUAAAUUUUUCGUUCAAUUUCUCUUUUAUUUUGCCGAAAAUUAUUAUAUCGUUUCAUUGAAAUAGUGAAUUUUUGAAUAUUUAUAGUUUCGAGGAAAAUUUGCUCACAAAAUUAUUGAUUUUUUAUUUUCACAAAAAAUUCACUGUUUUAAAAAAUAUCUUUCUUAUAUACAAAGGUCAACUCGCCUUUCUCAUGUUUUCUCAGCGUUUAGAAAAUAACCUCAUAACAAAAAAAUUGAGCUAGAUUUGAAAAAUAAGGAAUUCGUAGUGACUACGAAACGACGAUUUAUCAUUUUUAUCCAUAAAAUUGAGCUAGAUUUGAAAAAUAAGGAAUUCGUAGUGACUACGAAACGACGAUUUAUCAUUUUUAUCCAUAAAAUUGAGCUAGAUUUGAAAAAUAAGGAAUUCGUAGUGACUACGAAACGACGAUUUAUCAUUUUUAUCCAUAAAAUUGAGCUAGAUUUGAAAAAUAAGGAAUUCGUAGUGACUACGAAACGACGAUUUAUCAUUUUUAUCCAUAAAAUUGAGCUAGAUUUGAAAAAUAAGGAAUUCGUAGUGACUACGAAACGACGAUUUUUCAUUUUUAUCCAUAAAAUUGAGCUAGAUUUGAAAAAUAAGGAAUUCGUAGUGACUACGAAACGACGAUUUAUCAUUUUUAUCCAUAAAAUUGAGCUAGAUUUGAAAAAUAAGGAAUUCGUAGUGACUACGAAACGACGAUUUAUCAUUUUUAUCCAUAAAAUUGAGCUAGAUUUGAAAAAUAAGGAAUUCGUAGUGACUACGAAACGACGAUUUAUCAUUUUUAUCCAUAAAAUUUAGCUAGAUUUGAAAAAUAAGGAAUUCGUAGUGACUACGAAACGACGAUUUAUCAUUUUUAUCCAUAAAAUUGAGCUAGAUUUGAAAAAUAAGGAAUUCGUAGUGACUACGAAACGACGAUUUAUCAUUUUUAUCCAUAAAAUUGAGCUAGAUUUGAAAAAUAAGGAAUUCGUAGUGACUACGAAACGACGAUUUAUCAUUUUUAUCCAUAAAAUUGAGCUAGAUUUGAAAAAUAAGGAAUUCGUAGUGACUACGAAACGACGAUUUAUCAUUUUUAUCCAUAAAAUUGAGCUAGAUUUGAAAAAUAAGGAAUUCGUAGUGACUACGAAACGACGAUUUAUCAUUUUUAUCCAUAAAAUUGAGCUAGAUUUGAAAAAUAAGGAAUUCGUAGUGACUAUGAAACGACGAUUUAUCAUUUUUAUCCAUAAAAUUGAGCUAGAUUUGAAAAAUAAGGAAUUCGUAGUGACUAUGAAACGACGAUUUAUCAUUUUUAUCCAUAAAAUUGAGCUAGAUUUGAAAAAUAAGGAAUUCGUAGUGACUACGAAACGACGAUUUAUCAUUUUUAUCCAUAAAAUUGAGCUAGAUUUGAAAAAUAAGGAAUUCGUAGUGACUACGAAACGACGAUUUAUCAUUUUUAUCCAUAAAAUUGAGCUAGAUUUGAAAAAUAAGGAAUUCGUAGUGACUACGAACACACAUAAAAUAGGUCCCCGAGUCAGUUUUUAAAGUUAGGGUCCCUCCUUGAAAAUGUUCCAAAGUUAAACACCUGCCUCACAUUUUUGAGCGAAUUUUGGUAAAUUAUCAGCAGAAAAUUGGCCAAGUUAGGCACCCUUCUCUUCAGAUUUUUGAAAAAAGUUAAGCCCCUCACCCCGAUUCAGGGGACCCAUUUCAUGUAUGACUACGAAACGACGAUUUAUCAUUUUUAUCCAUAAAAUUGAGCUAGAUUUGAAAAAUAAGGAAUUCGUAGUGACUACGAAACGACGUUUUAUCAUUUUUAUCCAUAAAAUUGAGCUAGAUUUGAAAAAUAAGGAAUUCGUAGUGACUACGAAACGACGAUUUAUCAUUUUUAUCCAUAAAAUUGAGCUAGAUUUGAAAAAUAAGGAAUUCGUAGUGACUAUGAAACGACGAUUUAUCAUUUUUAUCCAUAAAAUUGAGCUAGAUUUGAAAAAUAAGGAAUUCGUAGUGACUACGAAACGACGAUUUAUCAUUUUUAUCCAUAAAAUUGAGCUAGAUUUGAAAAAUAAGGAAUUCGUAGUGACUACGAAACGACGAUUUAUCAUUUUUAUCCAUAAAAUUGAGCUAGAUUUGAAAAAUAAGGAAUUCGUAGUGACUAUGAAACGACGAUUUAUCAUUUUUAUCCAUAAAAUUGAGCUAGAUUUGAAAAAUAAGGAAUUCGUAGUGACUACGAAACGACGAUUUAUCAUUUUUAUCCAUAAAAUUGAGCUAGAUUUGAAAAAUAAGGAAUUCGUAGUGACUACGAAACGACGAUUUAUCAUUUUUAUCCAUAAAAUUGAGCUAGAUUUGAAAAAUAAGGAAUUCGUAGUGACUACGAACACACAUAAAAUAGGUCCCCGAGUCAGUUUUUAAAGUUAGGGUCCCUCCUUGAAAAUGUUCCAAAGUUAAACACCUGCCUCACAUUUUUGAGCGAAUUUUGGUAAAUUAUCAGCAGAAAAUUGGCCAAGUUAGGCACCCUUCUCUUCAGAUUUUUGAAAAAGUUAAGCCCCUCACCCCGAUUCAGGGGACCCAUUUCAUGUAUGACUACGAAACGACGAUUUAUCAUUUUUAUCCAUAAAAUUGAGCUAGAUUUGAAAAAUAAGGAAUUCGUAGUGACUACGAAACGACGUUUUAUCAUUUUUAUCCAUAAAGUUGAGCUAGAUUUGAAAAAUAAGGAAUUCGUAGUGACUACGAAACGACGAUUUAUCAUUUUUAUCCAUAAAAUUGAGCUAGAUUUGAAAAAUAAGGAAUUCGUAGUGACUACGAAACGACGAUUUAUCAUUUUUAUCCAUAAAAUUGAGCUAGAUUUGAAAAAUAAGGAAUUCGUAGUGACUACGAAACGACGUUUUAUCAUUUUUAUCCAUAAAAUUGAGCUAGAUUUGAAAAAUAAGGAAUUCGUAGUGACUACGAAACGACGAUUUAUCAUUUUUAUCCAUAAAAUUGAGCUAGAUUUGAAAAAUAAGGAAUUCGUAGUGACUACGAAACGACGUUUUAUCAUUUUUAUCCAUAAAAUUGAGCUAGAUUUGAAAAAUAAGGAAUUCGUAGUGACUACGAAACGACGUUUUAUCAUUUUUAUCCAUAAAAUUGAGCUAGAUUUGAAAAAUAAGGAAUUCGUAGUGACUACGAAACGACGAUUUAUCAUUUUUAUCCAUAAAAUUGAGCUAGAUUUGAAAAAUAAGGAAUUCGUAGUGACUACGAAACGACGAUUUAUCAUUUUUAUCCAUAAAAUUGAGCUAGAUUUGAAAAAUAAGGAAUUCGUAGUGACUACGAAACGACGAUUUAUCAUUUUUAUCCAUAAAAUUGAGCUAGAUUUGAAAAAUAAGGAAUUCGUAGUGACUACGAAACGACGAUUUAUCAUUUUUAUCCAUAAAAUUGAGCUAGAUUUGAAAAAUAAGGAAUUCGUAGUGACUACGAAACGACGAUUUAUCAUUUUUAUCCAUAAAAUUGAGCUAGAUUUGAAAAAUAAGGAAUUCGUAGUGACUACGAAACGACGAUUUAUCAUUUUUAUCCAUAAAAUUGAGCUAGAUUUGAAAAAUAAGGAAUUCGUAGUGACUACGAAACGACGAUUUAUCAUUUUUAUCCAUAAAAUUGAGCUAGAUUUGAAAAAUAAGGAAUUCGUAGUGACUACGAAACGACGAUUUAUCAUUUUUAUCCAUAAAAUUGAGCUAGAUUUGAAAAAUAAGGAAUUCGUAGUGACUACGAAACGACGAUUUAUCAUUUUUAUCCAUAAAAUUGAGCUAGAUUUGAAAAAUAAGGAAUUCGUAGUGACUACGAAACGACGAUUUAUCAUUUUUAUCCAUAAAAUUGAGCUAGAUUUGAAAAAUAAGGAAUUCGUAGUGACUACGAAACGACGAUUUAUCAUUUUUAUCCAUAAAAUUGAGCUAGAUUUGAAAAAUAAGGAAUUCGUAGUGACUACGAAACGACGUUUUAUCAUUUUUAUCCAUAAAAUUGAGCUAGAUUUGAAAAAUCAAAAAAAAUCUAUUUUUCAGAUUCUCACAAGUCCACCAAUUCUAAUCUGCGAUGAGCCAACUUCUGGACUCGACGCAUUUUUGGCCUAUCAAGUGAUUUGUGUUCUCAAAAAUUUGGCCAAAAAACAAGGAAUGACUAUUUUGUUGACAAUUCAUCAACCGUCUUCACAAGUCUUUCAACUUUUUGAUAGGUAAGGUGGUUUUGGGCGGUUGGGAAAAUUAAAAUUUUUGAAUUAAAAUUUGAUUCUGUCCGAAAUUUUCCUCAGAUUGAAAAAAAUCGAAAUCUAAAAAUUUCUGAAAUAAAAAGAAAUCUUGAGAAAAGUCUCAAAAAUUAUAUUUUUGAAAAAAAUUACUGUUUCAAAAUUGUUUUUUAAGUAAAAAACUAUGAUGCCAAAUUGUUACCACGUCUGUAAAAAAUCUGUAAAAAAUCUAAAUUUCAAGCAUUAUUUCCGAAAGAAUUGGAAAUCUGGAAAUAGACUUGCUGAAAAUUGUCUUGCUGAGAAUUUCUAGCAAAAAAAAUCUUGAAAAAAAAUCCCAAAUAUUUUGUUUUUGAAAAAUCCACUGUUUCAAAAUUGUUUUUAAGUGACAAACUAUGGUGCCAAAUUGUUUCCUUGUCUUUAAUCUGUAAAAAUCUAAAUUUCAAGCAUUAUUUCCAAAAGAAUUGAAAAUCUGAAAAUAGACUUGCUGAAAAUUUCUGAAACGAAAAAUCUUGAGAAAAAUCCCGAAAAUUUUAUUUUUGAAAAAUUCACUGUUUCAAAUGUUUUUUAUUAUACAAUUUCUGAAUUCAAAAUUAAUCCAAUAUCGUUAAAUUUCCCAAUUUUUCCAGCAUUUACAUAAUGGUAAAUGGAAAAGUGGCCUUCUGUGGUUCCCAAAUCGAAGCCGAAAACUUAUGGAAAGAUUUGAAAAUUGGAGUUCCUCUGAAUUUCAACCCAUGCGAUCAUUAUUUGGCCACUUUAUCAUCACAAAAAACAUCAUUAGAUAGAAGACAAAUUCUAGAAAUUUGUGAUAGUUUUGAAAAAUCGGAAAAUGGGAUGAAGAUUUGGAAAGAGGCUACUGGAAGAUUGUCGUGUGAGUUUUUUUGGGUUUUGGUGAAACAGUGGAUUUUUUUUUAUAAAGAAAUGUGUCUUUAAAAAUUCUUUUGAACCUUGAAACAGUAGAUUUUUAGAGAAAUAGGGGUUAAACACAGAUUGAAAAUCAAUUUUUAUUUUUUAAAUUAAAAUUUCUUUGAAACAGUAGAUUUUUGAAGAAAUCUGACAAUUUCAACUUUUGGCUGUAAAACUGCGAGAAAAAGCCCUGAAAACAAUAGAUUUCUGGAAAAAAUUAGAUUUUUCAUGAAAUUCUAACGGAAAAUAUGAUAAUUUUCUUUGAAGUUUCCAAUUUUCUUGAAACAGUGAAAUUUUGAAGAUUGAAAAUUUUGAUGUAAACCUCCAAGAUAAAGCCUCGAAAAUUUUAAAUUUGUCGAAUUAAAAUAUCUUGAAACAGUAUUUUUUGGAGAAAAGUUUGAUUUUUUAUAAAAAUUGUAAAGAAAUCAAAAAUAAUUAUGAAGUUUCUCUUUAAUAAUUUUUUGAAACAGUGAAAUUUUCAAAAAUUUCUAUAUCCAGAAUUUUUUGAAAUUCAAAAAAAAUUUGAAACAGUCAUUUUUUUGCAGCCGAAGUCUACAGUGAAUCCAGCAGUGACACGUGGCGUCGAAGAUACGAUAGUUUGCAGGAGAAAAAAUUCCCGUCAACAUUUUUCCAACAAUUGCGAGCGUUGACUUGGAGAGCCGGAAAAACUGUUAUCCGAGAGCCAACUUUGCUGCAAGUUCAGAUAACUCAAAGUGUGGUGGGUUUUUUUUGGUUUUGAUCUCUAAAAUACUGUGCUAAUGCAAUGUUGGCUGAAAUUGUGCAAAUGUUUUUUAAUGAAAAUUCCUAGAAAAAAUAGGUUUCAAAAUUAUGGCAAAAUCAAACAUUUGAAUAGAUUUUCGUUUUUGAUUCUGUACUUCAAUCAAAAAUCGCCUAGAAAUCCAAGUAGCCGCUCCUUGAGAACGUAUUUAUCUAGGAGCAGCGCCUACAGAUCCUCCCUGACAAGCAGUCGUCCCUUGAGAGCGUAUUCUUACAGUAGCAGCGCCUUGAGAGCCUAGUUAUCAAGCAGCCGCGCCUAGAGAGCGCAUAUGUCAAGCAGGCACUCUUUGAGAGCCUAGUUAUCAAGCAGCUGCGCCUAGAAACCCUAGUUCUCAAGAAGCGGCGCCUUGAGAGCCUAGUUCUGAAGUAGCAUCGCCUCAAGAACCUAAUUGUCUAGGACUCACGCCUACAGGCCCUCGCUGUCAAGGAGCCGCGCCUUGGGAUUCACUAGGAAACACAGCCGUCCCUUGAGAGCCUAGUUCUCAAGUAGCCUAAGUCUAGAAGUUCUAGUUUCUCAAGUAACAUCUGUAAACUCUAAAACCUCCAAAAAAUCUCAAUUUUCUUCCAGAUAAUUGCUCUACUAACCGGUCUAAUCUACACCAAUAACACACCAAUCACCCAACAAAAAAUCAUGUCAAUAAACGGCUCAUUAUACCAAAUGGUCACAAAUAUGGCAUUUAUGUUUCAAUUCUCAGUUGUUCAUCAUUUCUGCUUCGAAAUCGAGACGUUCUACAGAGAAACUAGCAGUGGAUUAUAUCGCGUUAGCGCAUAUUUCCUGGCCAAGAAUUUAGCCGAACUUCCCAGCUACACGAUUUGUGCAGUCAUUUUUACAUCGAUUUUAUAUUGGAUGUCAGGAUUGAUCCCGAUUUGGCAAGUAUUUUUGAUCUAUGUUUUGGUGGGAUUUUUGGUGCAAAAUAUCGCGAUAUCGAUUGGCUAUCUGUUUUCGUGCAUAUUUGGAAGUGUGAAUUUGGCGGUGGCAAUUAUGCCGAUUUUUGUUGUUCCGAUGAUGGCGAUGGGCGGGUUUUUUAUCAAUCAAGACAGUUUGCCGGUAUUCUUCAGACCUCUCAAGUAUUUGUCGUAUUUUGGAUAUGGUUAUGAGGCGGUUGCGAUUGGACAAUGGAAAAAUGUGGGAAAUAUUGAUGGUGAGUGAUUUUUGGAGGGAAAAAGACGUCGAAAAUUAAGUUCCAAAAAUCGACGAAAAUAUUUCAUUGAAUUUUGAAACAGUAAAUUUUUAUAUAAAAAAAUUUACAAAAACAUUUCUUAGAAUUUUUUAAAUCUAAAUUCUAGUAAUUUAAUUUUAUUGUCUUCCAAAAUAAUUAACUGUUUCAAAAUUCUUUGAAAUUUUUUUUUACUUUUUCUAGUUUAAUAAAUCGCUCUUUGACAUGGGAAUUUUUCUUCCACAAAAUAUACACAAAAAAAUCAUUGUUUCAAUUUUUCAAAAUUAUUUUAGUUAGGUUUUGAAAUUUAGUUUCAGAGGUUAUCUUCCUUCACAUAAUACCAGCAGAAAAUGAUUAAAAAUAAUACCAAAAUGUUUUUAGGCCGAAAUUCUUGGUUAUUUUUUCUCCCAAAAAUUACUGUUUCAAAAUUUUUGAAAUAAUUUUUUUGAUUUUUCAAGUUUGAUUUCGCAGCUAUUUCAUUUCUCACGAUUUUUUCCAGCAUUUUUAAAAGAAAAAAUUGAGGAAUUUUGAACAACAAAAAAAAUUAAAUGAAUAUACUAAAAUUUCACUGUUUCAAAAAUUUUUGAAUGAUUUUUUCUUUUUCUAAAAUUUGAUUCGCUAUUGGUUGUUUUAGUUUCCAAAUACUUUCUGAUUUUAAAAAUAUUUCGGUAGUUCUGAUCGCCAAACAUCUAACGAAAAUUUCACGAAUAAAAUAUGUUUCAAAUUUUUUCUAAAUCAUUUUUCUCGUUCUGAAAUUUAAUCCCAUGCAUUCAUUGAAUUCUAAUGAAUUUAAUUUCUCAAAAUGUUGGUAUAUGAAGCACCAAAAACUUCUCACUGUUUCAAAAAUUUUUGAAUCGAAGUCUGAAGUUUUGAAACUUUGAUAAUCGUUUUUUUAUGCUACCAAAACUAAAGAAAGAACGAAAAAAAAUAAGAGUAUGUGUCAACUGCCCGCAAACACCAAAAUGCGCAAGCUUGGCGCGAAAUACGCGCUGUGUUUCCUGAGGACUAGAAAUUCAAAAUUUAUGAGUUUCAGAGACAAUUUUAAAAAUGAAAUUUUCUGAAAGGUUUUAAUUUCUAGACUCGCCGAUAGGAAAACGCGUAACCUAUUCACCCUUGUGAUUCUCUGUUUUUGACCUUUGUAAUUUAGUUCCAUUUUUAAAAAACUGUUUUCGAGAAAUACGGAAUUUCCACGUGGCAUUUUGAGCCAAAAUGCCAAUGUGCAGAAUUUCAACUCGCAAUUUAGCGGGAAAAUCACCGAAUUCAUACGUGGCAUUUUAAUCGAGACAAACAACGGAUCUCAUAGAGGAUUUUUUGACUCAACAUAGAGAUAAAGAUUAACGUGGAAUUUAAAACAAAACUCCAGUUUCUCGGCUUUUCUGCGAGAAUCUGGGGUUAUUGGAUAUUUGUGGAAUUUAGAAAAAAAAACUAAAGCAAAAACCUGCUUCUUGGCUUUUCCGCAAGAAGUUGGCAACAUAAAAUAAUUGAAAAAUUAGAAAUCCUCGGCAUUUUUGUGAUGUUCGAUGACCGCUUUUGCUCUGAAAAACAUCAAAUUGUUCUAUUUCUGAAAAUUCCAAGUUUCUGGUGAAAAAAAAUGCAAUUUUGGACAUAGCUUCCGCAUUCCAUCUGAAAUUCCAAUUGAAUAAAUUUUCAAUUAAAAUUCCAGAACUUUUUAUUUUUUGGUUAGAAAAACUUACCGAAAACUUCAGAGGCUUUGAUUUUUGUUGUUUUGUGCUUCAGUCGGGUUUUCCAUGGUUUUCGAGUUUGUUUCUGAAAUAGUUAUGAUUUUUCAUGGAAAUACCGUUUUUUCCCUCAUUAAAAAUACCAAAUUUCCCUCUCCCUUGAAUAAUUCCACGUUUUCUUUUCAUUGAAAAGCGAACCUCGAUCUCUCCCUUCACAGUUUUUCCAACCAAAUCAAGUCGACAAAAUCGAGAGUAUAACCAAAAAGUGACUUAAGGUAACUCAUGUCGAGGUUCCUGACAAUUGCAAUGGCUAAUGCUCAACUUAAGAAGCUUUACUAUCCAGAGUUAGGCUAAGUUGAGCUGUACUUUACUCCAGGAGAGACACGUGGAUUUGUUCGAAAAGGGAAAUGAAUUCGGGGAGCCCCAAGAGAAAAAAACUCAUCUGCCAUUUUGUUUCUCGCCGAAAAUUUGAAAUAACUGAAAAAUUAUCGUUGAAAUGACAUUUGCCACGACAAAUUUCACGUUCACGCAAAAAUAUAUUAUUUUUUCUCUCUGCUUUUUUGUGUUUUUUUUUGUUGACAGAAAAAAAUGAACGAGAUACGCUAAAUGUUUUUUUGUGGCAUAUCAAAAUUAAAUUUCUUUUUGCAAAGUUUUAAAGCUUGCGCGUAAUGUCUGAUGUUUACACACAUUUCUCCUUCGAUCAUUUUUUUUUCAAAAUGAAACUAUAGUCCCCAGAAAAUUCUAGAAAAUAGAGUAGCGCGUAUUUGGCGCCAAGAUUGCGCGUAGGAUUUGGUGUUUGCGGGCAGUCGGUGUUAACACACUCUUAAUUUUUCCGUUCUUUCUUUGGGAUUUAGAAAAAAGAAACUUUCUCCCCUCCCAGAUUUUAGAAAUUUAAAACACAUGGGAACCUGAGAAUCUCUCCAAUAUCACUUUUCAGAUGGAUAAUACUGGUUGGAAAAAUGAAUCAAAAAAUUGUACUGUUUCAAAAAAUGUUGAAUUAUUUCUUUGAGUGUAGAAGUUUGAUAUAUCUUCAUUGUUGAUGAUUCAUGGAACUUUUCUCCCAAAAUAGUAUACAGAAACAUGUACUGUUUCAAAAACUUCUUGAAAUAUUUUUCUGAAUUUUCAAGUUCGAUAGGUACUCGUUUUGUUUGCAAAAUAAUUUUUCAAAAUUCUUGAAAACCAGAUUUCUAGGAAUUUUUCUCUCAAAAUUGUACCAAAAAAUUCACUGUUUCAAAUAUAUUUUUAAAAAAUUUUUCAAAUUUUCAGUUUGCUUGUUUGCUCAUACACCUUACACAUGACUUUGAAAAAUACUGUUCUAAAAUUUUUUGAAAGCCAAAAUUCAGUGUAUUUUGAUCUCGAAAGUUAUCCAAAAUUCUAGGAAUUUCAAUGUUUUUUCUACAAAAAAAUUUACUGUUUCAAAACUUUUUGAAAUAAAUUUUGUUGAAUUAUCAAUGAUAUGAUACUCGAUUUUCGAUGUCUAAAAAUUUGAAGAAAAAAUGUCAGAACGCGAAUAUUUGAUUCUGAAAUUUCCACUGUUUCAAGAUUUUUUGAAAAAAAAAGUCUAGGAAUUUUAAGCCAUUCUUUCUCGCUAAAAAUUCACUGUUUCAAAAAGUUUCGAAAUAUUUUUCUAAAUUUUCAAAUUUGAUGCAUUCAGUUCGGCAGACACCAAAUAUAUUGUUUUUUCCAGGCUGCUCCACCCUCAACUCAACAAUUUGCCUCGAAAACGGCCCGGCAGUCUUGGAAAAUUUGAGCUUCUCCCAAAAUCAUUUAUAUUUUGACCUGAUUAUUAUGAUCGGAAUGUUGGUCAUUUUCAGAUUUUUAGCAUUUUUAGCCCUUUUGAUUCGUGUCAAGACACGAAAUUAG